GUCCAGAAUGUUCGCAGCUGUCAAAGUGAAUUGAGGUUAUAAACUCUAGCUGGAAUCUACCGACUGCUUCGCCGUGAAUUUGAAAUCUGUGCACAAAAAUGGCUCUAUCCGUUCCAAAAGCACCCGGAGUAGCGCAGAUGCUCAAGGAUGGCGCCCGGAUGUACAGUGGGCUCGAGGAAGCCGUCUACCGCAACAUCAGCGCCUGCAAGGAGUUUGCACAGACCAUGCGUUCCGCCUAUGGCCCGAACGGCAUGAACAAGAUGAUCAUCAAUCACAUCGAGAAGCAGUUUGUGACCAGCGAUGCCGGCACCAUCAUGCGUGAGCUGGAUGUGGAGCACCCGGCCGCCAAGCUGAUCGUUAUGGCCAGCCAGAUGCAGGACGCCGAGGUGGGAGACGGCACCAACUUUGUCGUGGUACUGGCCGGUGCCCUGCUGGAGUCCGCCGAGGAACUGCUCCGCUUGGGCAUCACCACAGCCGAAAUCGCUGAUGGCUACGAGAAGGCGCUCGAGAAGUCUCUGGAAAUCCUUCCGACCCUGGUUAGUCACAAAAUCGAGGACUACCGCAACGUGGACAAGGUGAAGGAGGUUCUGCGCACCGCCAUCAUGUCCAAGCAGUACGGUCAGGAGGAUUUCCUCAACGACCUGGUGAGCCAGGCCUGUGUCUCCAUUCUGCCAAAUGAGGGCACCUUCAACGUGGACAACAUCCGCAUUUGCAAGAUCCUGGGCAGCGGUCUGGGCAAGUCCGAGGUGGUCCGCGGCAUGGUCUUUAAGCGAUUCGUUGAGGGCGAUGUUACCUACGCCGAGAAGGCCAAGAUUGUCAUCUUCUCGUGCCCCGUGGACAUCAUUCAGACCGAGACCAAGGGCACCGUCCUGAUCAAGUCGGCCGACGAGCUCCUGAACUUCUCCUCGGGCGAGGAGGGCCUUCUGGAGUCCCAGAUCAAGGCUAUCGCCGAUGCCGGAGUCAAGGUGGUGGUGGCCGGCGGCAAGGUCGGUGACAUGGCCCUGCAUUUCCUCAACAAAUACGGACUGAUGGCUGUGCGUCUCAACUCCAAGUUCGAUCUGCGCCGCCUGAGCCGUUCUGUGAACGCCACAGUCCUGCCGCGCAUCACCACGCCCAGCCAGGAGGAAUUGGGCUACUGCGACAAGGUCUGCAUCGAGGAGCUGGGCGACACCACCAUUGUGGCUUUCAGAAAUGAGGGCAAGGACUCUCGCAUCGCUACCGUGGUGAUUCGCGGUGCCACCGACAACUUCAUGGACGAUAUUGAGCGUGCCCUGGACGAUGGAGUGAACAACUUCAAGUGCCUGACCCGCGAUGGUCGCUACCUGCCUGGUGCCGGCGCCACCGAGAUCGAAUUGGCCACCCAGUUGUCCGCCUAUGCCGAUACCCUGCCGGGUCUGGAGCAGUAUGCCGUGCGCAAGUUCGCCAAUGCCCUGGAGGUGUUCCCCAAGGCCCUCGCUGAGAACUCUGGCGUCAACGGCACCGAGAUCGUCAACCAGCUGUACCUGGCUCACAAUUCGGAGAGUGGCAAGACCAUUGGCUUCGACAUCGAGUCCGAGAAGGCCAGCACCAUUGACACCACCAAGGCGAAGCUCUUCGACCUGUACCAGGCCAAGUUCUGGGGUCUCAAAUACGCCGUUGGCGCCGCCACCACCAUCCUGAAGGUGGACCAGAUCAUCAUGGCCAAGCGGGCUGGUGGUCCUAAGCCGCGACAGGCUGCUGGCAGCGAUGACGAGAGUUAAGCGUCUCCACUGUGAUGCCUACUGCUUAAUAUAACUAGUUCUUCUUCUCCCACAAAAGAGGGCUUUGUAUUUUUCACAAAUGAGUCCCCCCCACGCCUCCCAUGGAAAUUAUAAAUUUCAUUUAACCUCUCACCCACACUCAUCAUCCACUUACACACAUGCACAGUUUCUUGUAUUAAUAAACUUAACUUACGAAAACUGAAA